UAUGUAUAUUUAUGAGAUUAAUUAUUAUCUAAUGCUCACAGAAAAUUGUGUCAUUCCCGGGGUGGUAAAACUGGUCCCCUGAGCAAAGGUAGGAGUAAAUCUUUAUUUAUAAAGCAGAACCUUCACUACAAAUCACUCUUUGGCUGCAAGAGAAAUCAGUCAUGACUUUGUUGCUAGCGAUCCUUUUUGGUUUUCUUGCCUGUUUCACUGGAGGCCUGUACCUUUUUGGGGUGUUUCGACAGCAGCAACCAGGAGAACCACCUUUGGAUAAGGGGCUCAUCCCUUGGCUGGGUCAUAUCUUAGAGUAUCGCAAGGACACAGUUAAGUUUCUAAAGAGGAUGAAGCAAAAGCACGGUGAUGUAUUCACGGUACAACUGGGAGGCAAUUACAUCACUUUCAUGCAAGACCCACUAUCAUUGGGGGCAUUUGUUAAGGAGAGUCGAAAAACACUGGACUUCAAUGCGUUUGCCAGGAACCUGGUGCACAGAGUCUUUGGUUACAAAUCUAUGGGGAACGAGCACCCAAUUCUCAUGUCAACCAGCCAAAAACACCUGAGUGGGGCUGGAUUGGAGGUAUUAACCCAAGCCAUGAUGUGUAAUUUGCAGAACAUAAUGAUGCAGAAAUUUGACAAAGAUGCAGACCAAAGGGAAUGGAUGGAAGACGAACUAUUUAUGUACAGCUACAGUGUUCUUUUUAGGGCUGGCUACUUAUCUCUUUUUGGCAAUGCAUCACCCAUGUCUGAAGGAAGUGUAGAGAAAGCCAAAGAGAAAGACAAAGCAGAAUCAAAAGCCUUAUUUCACGAGUUCUGUAAAUAUGACCACCUAUUUCCCAAUCUGGCUUAUGGACUCCUGCCCCGAAGAGAAAAGAUGGAGGCAGAGAAGAUAAAGGAAUUUUUCUGGAAAGCUUUGUCAAUGCAGAAGUUAAAGACCAAGGACAAUAUCAGUGGCUGGGUGUCUGACAUGCAGCGGGCCAGAGAGGAGAUGGGUAUAAAGGAGUCAAUGAUAGACAGGUACAUGCUUGUGCUUCUUUGGGUUUCCCAAGGCAACACAGGGCCUUCUGCAUUUUGGCUGCUCUUCUUCCUCAUGAAGCACCCUGAAGCUAUGACAGCUGUAAAGGGGGAGAUAGAUAAGGUUCUGAAGGAAUCUGGGCAGGAAGUCGUACAUGGUGGCCCUUUGAUCAACCUGACCUGUGACAUGCUGAAGAAAACGCCAAUCCUGGACAGUGCUGUAGAAGAGACCCUCCGACUCAUUUCUGCACCAAUUCUCAUCAGAUCAGUGGUACAAAAUAUGACUCUUAAGAUGGCUGAUGGCUGUGAAUACCAUAUUCGCAAGGGCGAUAAAAUGGCUGUCUUUCCUCAUUCUGCUGUCCACACUGACCCAGAGAUCCACCCUAACCCAGAUUCAUUCAAAUAUGACCGCUUUCUGAACCCAGAUGGGAGUAAAAAAACUGAUUUCUACAAAGCAGGGAAGAGGGUGAAGUAUUACAAUAUGCCAUUUGGUGCCGGGGUUUCCAUGUGUCCUGGGCGGUUCUUUGCCAACAACGAACUGAAACAGUUUAUUUUCCUCAUGUUGGUCUACUUUGAGUUUGAGCUGAAGAAUCCUCAUGAGAAGAUACCCGAUCCUGUCAUCGAUCGAUCGGGCUUUGGAGCACUUCAUCCUAUCAGUGACAUCCAGUUUCGGUACAGAUUCAGAUUUUGAACCUAUGAUCAAAUCAUCUUUCCUUUUCCGGAGAAAAGAUUUUCUGACUUCAACUGUCUCUUUAGUUUUAUAGUUUUGUUUCUUGGAAACAUGAGAUUUCAUGUACUGAAAUGGGGCCGCUUUCAUGCACUCAUGAAACAAAACAACUUAAUCUAUCUGUCUAUAACCUCGCUGGUCAUAACUGACAAUUCUGUCAAAUGUUUCUACAUUUUGUAUAAAUUUUUCAAAUCAUGCAAUAAUCUUCCCAAAUAAUAAUGAUCUCUGGUUACCUUUGGCAAACCCACUGUCACUGCAUUAUGGGUGUAUACCAAUAAUCCCAAAAUAUUGCACUCUUUGGGUUUAUGAUGGAGUAAAUGUGCCAUGUGGUAAUCACAUAAUCUUAGUAAAUUAUAUAGUAACAUAAAUUGCAAAAAUAAUCAUUAAUUCAGCCUUGAAGUUUUUUUCUCCUCAACUCUGUUGUAAUUUUUCUUCAGAACUGUUUGUGGUCUUGUAUUGGAUUGCCAUAUAUUUACAGGUGUUUAGAAUUUUUUCCCACUUCCAUUUAUAUUAAUGGUUGGAAACUAUACUAGAAGCACUCUACAACACACUUGUCAUUUGUGUUUUUUGUGAACUGAAAACUUGUUUAUGUAACAAUUCAUAUUUUGUUUCUCAAGACCAGUUUGAUGAAGUGUUGAGCAUAAUAUGUGGAAUUUUUACCUGGACCAUGGACCAGCUUCAGAUGAAGUCCUGGUCUGGGUGCCAAAAUUGCUGUUUUAAACUUGAGUUAUUGAACCAUGUAUGUAUGAUCUUACUUUAUGUACAGCAUUGUACACUUUAUUUAAUCAAUGCAAAAGCAAUGUAUAAUUUGUCUAAUACCUGCAACACAUGAACACAGUUGCAAGUAUUGGUGCCAACAUUAAUGAACAUAAUGGAAAAGGUCAUGGUUAUCUUGUGUUGGAAGUUUGUCCAAACUGUAAAAACUCUUGCAUAUCAAUCUAACCACCUCACCUGUUCUUUGCUCGACCUGUUUUCUUCUUUUUGCUCACAAAUUAAAGCCAAACUACCAUACAGGCCAGGUAUUUUGUCUUUACUUCAGUAACUGAAUUUUCAGUGUUUUUCAUAA